UAAUAAAGCCCACCUCCUUCAGUCACAAGUGAUUUUAUCCAGUGAGUUACAAAUAAUAUAGACAGAGGGAAAGGCUGUGAACUGAUUGUUGUUUGACUUCUUUUAGUGAAAUCAUGAAGGUUACAGAUAGCAAUGUGAUUCGCCUCUACCUUAAGGUCCAUUAUGGGAUAUCCGUGAAGAGCUGUGAGAAGACAAAUGACAGAGUGCUCAUCAGCGGUGCAAAGGUCUUUGGUGUUCCUCUGGAAAAUUUGCCCAGGCGAUACAUUCCUGAGUUUGGACUUGUACCCUGCUUUUUGGUGGAUGCCUGUUCAUUUCUUCUGGAGCGUGCUGGUACUGUGGGCCUGUUCAGGAAGUCAGGCUGUCUAUCUCGCAUCAAGACCCUCAGGGCCAGGCUGAACUGUGGAGAAGAGUGUCUGUCCUCAGCUCUCCCCUAUGAUGUGGCCACGCUCAUCAAACAGUUUUGCAGGGAGCUUCCAGAGCCGUUGUUUCCCUCUGAACUCCACACAGCUCUGCUCAAAGCCCAGGAAGUUUCCGACCAGCAGGAUGGGAUGGCAGCCCUCCAGCUGCUCUCCUGUCUGCUGCCUGCCAGAAACUUCUCUUGUCUGCAUUACCUGUUCAACUUCCUCUCCCAAGUAUCUCAGAGAUGCACUGAGAACCUGAUGACCAGCUCCAACCUCGCUACAGUUUUUGUUCCAUGUCUUUUACCACCUCCAAACAAGGCAGAGAUGUCUGAAGGACGACUGGAACUCAGAGUUCUUGUCCUGCGCACCUUCACUGAACAUCCUCAUCUAUUUGGUGUGAUUCCUAAAGCUGCAAUGGACAGUAUGGAAUAUUUGAUGAAUUUCCAUUUUCUGAAAGAUGCACACUCAGUGAGAGGAAAUAGAAAGAGACACAGUUUCAAAGUGAUCCGGUCUGUGAAGACGAUGCUCUGGAUUCAGGGGAGGUCAAAACUCAGGUCUCCAGUGUCAGAGCAGAGCCAGGGCUCCACAUCAGGGGACAGACCAACGCUGAGGAGAAGUCUCGGCCAGGUGACUUUCCACAAUGCUCACCCAUUUAGAGCCAGCGUGCCAUUUGCAGAUCAAGGUUUUAGACCUGCAGCUGCUUUGUUGAAUGAUGCCGACGAAGAUUCAUGCAAGACACUACAAGCAAGACUGAAAAGGUUCACCAGAGGUCACGGUGCAGACAGCUCUCCUGUGCUCACUGCUGUGGGAAAGUUGCAGCUAAAACUUUUGAAAAGACGCUCUUCACUAUAAUGUAUCAGAUAUGUUGGUUUCUCCAUGUUUGUGAAGAAUUUAGGUUAGGAUCUCAGGUUGACCAGAUUACAUCUCUAAGUUGGCCUAGAGUGGCUGUAUAUAUCUAUAUCUUAAGAUUGUAUGUUUGAAUACCUGUAGGUAUUUUACUAUAUUACAAGAAACUCAAUGUAUGAAGCUUUUCCAUUCUUUUAUAUAAAGUGAAUAAACAUAAAAUAUUUUUAAAGUGUAUGUUCUG